UUGUUUACUCUCGGAGCCUCUUCAGUGCGAUGGCUGGUUCUCUUCCUUCUCACCAUGAUUGUCUGUAAGGCAGCACGAUGGAGAAAGCCGCGCAGUUUACGUUCCAGAGUUCGCAUUACGAGAGUUUCCAGUUCGUGGCGGUGAGUCCUCAUAGGAUUCCGACGCCGAACCUCCUGGUCGUGGGGCGGCGACCCUCUUCCCGAGGAGGCUUCCCGGGCUGUGAGGACCUGCUCUUCCUCAAGCCCGUCCCCGUGGCGUGGAUCUUCCUUUCGCGGAAGCUCAGGGUAUUCCAGCCCUCCAUCACGUCCCUCUGCUGGAGCCUCGUGCCCUGGCUCGACCGCGCGUGCGUUAUCCGAGAGAGGGAGUUUGCCGUGGUCUCGACGAAGGAGGAGAUCACCAUCCUUCACCUCAGCACGAGGGAGGAGCCGCCUGGCGGAGGGCGGGAGCACACGCUAAGGACGAGUGUGAGCUUGAGCGGGUGCGUGAUUCAGCCCUCCGUGCCGCGGCUGGUGUUCGCCGGCGAGUCCGUGGUGGGCAAGGUGGACCUCUACCUCACCGACGACGGCCUCAGCGCCACCCUGAAGGAGAUGCGCUCCGACUGGGUGGCGGAGAAGGGCGAGCUCCACUUCCUGUGCAUCAGCUGCGUGGAGAGGAAGGUGGAGGUGGUGCUAGGCGACCGCGAGGGGAAGGUGUACAUCUGCCUGAUCGACUCGUCCAACACGUUCUCGCUGGUGAAGGAGAUCGCGCUGCCGUUCGCGGUGUGCUCUCUCAGCCUGUGUCUGGCCAGCGCCUCCUCGACCCUGCUGGUGUCCGUGCUGGGGGCGGAGGGGCAGGCCGUCGUGCUGCACCUGGCUUCGAUGAGCCUGUCGGAGAGCAAAGUCUGCCUCCUGCCCACGGAGACGCCCUUGCGCUUCGCCUCCUGGUUCCAGAACGACAAUCGGCCUGUCCUCACGGCCGCCGACAGCGAGGGCAAGAUAUACCUCUGGAAGGAAGUGCAGGACGGGGAAAGGAAGACGUGGGCGCUUUGGGGAAUGAGGCCCUCGGGUGGCCCGGGGGUCGCGUUGGCUUGGCAUGCGGCCGAAAGGCAGUGGCUGGCCUACUCCACGCGCUGCCGGGUCGCGCUCGUCGACAUGUGGGAAAUCAAUCACUUGUGAGGCGAGGAAUGUAAAAAGAUGUUCGAGCAAAUGCAAAUAAGAUAAGCC